UCCCCCAAAUUUCUAGGGUUUCGAAAAUAUGAUUACUCAAUUCGAAUUUCUACAACCAGUAGGGAUCCACGAUAGGUUCAGAUUCGCAACCUGUUGCAGUAACAGUCUACUGUAUUCGCAUAGUUCGAGCUUCUUCUUCGAUCGGAGUAGGGUUUUUCGCCGGAAUCCAAACCGGUUCAUCCCCAAUUCAAUCCCGCUUCCACUGCACAAGAAACCGGUUACAGCGUUGAGAAAUGAUAAAAGGUUUAAUCUUUGGGAUGGGUUUUCGAGGAAGAAGAGAGGGACGGUUGUGAAUUGUCAAGAAGAUGACAAGAAAGCGAGUUCAAGCGAGAGUGGUGGUGAGGGAAAAGAAGACCAAGAUUCUCCGGCGAACUCGUCGAAGAGGAAGAGAGAGAAGGAAAGGAAAGAUAGGGUUUGGUGGUCAAAGGAGAAGAGAAGGGAGUGGCAGCCGAUAAUCCAGGCGCAGGGGAUUGGAGUUUUGCUGUUGCAGUUGGGUGUUGUUAUGUUUGUGAUGAGACUGCUCCGACCAGGGAUACCUUUACCUGGGUCUGAGCCACGAGUUCAGACGACUUUCGUCAGGGUACCUUACAGCGAGUUCUUGAGUAAAGUUAACAGAAACCAGGUGCAGAAAGUUGAAGUGGAUGGGGUUCAAGUUUUGUUUAAGCUCAAAGAUGAUGGGAGAUGGCAAGAGAGUGAGACUAGUAGUAGGUUGUCUGAGUCGUCUGAGUCUCUGCUGAGAACUGUUGCUCCAACGAAAAGAGUUGUGUAUUCGACCAUAAGGCCCGGCGAUAUUAAAACACCAUAUGAGAAGAUGCUUGGGAAUAAUGUGGAGUUCGGGUCGCCUGAUAAACGCUCUGGUGGUUUCUUCAGCUCUGGAUUUCUAGUUCUUUUCUACAUGGCGGUGCUUGUAUGGCUUAUUCAACGAUUUCCUCUUAGCUUCUCCAUGAGUACAACCGGCCAGCUUAAGACCCGAAAGACUGGGGGUUCUGAUGGGGGAAAAGUCUCUGGUGGAGGUGAAACAAUCACCUUUGCAGAUGUUGCAGGUGUUGAUGAAGCAAAGGAAGAGCUAAAAGAAAUCGUGGAAUUUCUUAGGAAUCCUGACAAGUAUGUCCGUCUAGGUGCACGUCCUCCUCGUGGUGUCCUAUUGGUUGGUCUUCCUGGAACAGGGAAAACGCUUCUCGCAAAGGCUGUUGCUGGGGAAGCUGAAGUCCCCUUCAUAAGUUGCUCUGCAAGUGAGUUUGUAGAGCUGUAUGUCGGUAUGGGUGCCUCGCGUGUAAGGGAUCUAUUUGCCAGGGCCAAAAAAGAAGCUCCUUCUAUUAUCUUUAUUGAUGAGAUAGAUGCUGUGGCAAAAAGCCGUGAUGGUAAAUUCAGGAUCGCCAGCAAUGAUGAAAGGGAGCAAACGUUGAACCAGCUCCUCACUGAGAUGGAUGGUUUUGACAGCAGUUCUGCAGUUAUCGUUCUUGGAGCAACAAAUCGUGCUGAUGUCUUAGACCCGGCUCUUCGUCGCCCUGGGAGAUUUGAUCGUGUUGUUACGGUGGAAACGCCUGACAAAGUUGGAAGAGAAUCAAUUUUGAGAGUGCAUGUGUUGAAGAAAGAACUUCCUUUGGGAAAUGAUGUUAACCUUGGUAGUAUUGCCUCGAUGACCACUGGUUUUACUGGGGCGGACCUUGCUAACUUGGUAAAUGAGGCUGCCUUGCUAGCUGGAAGAAUGAGCAAGACGACUGUUGACAAAAUUGACUUCAUUCAAGCUGUGGAGCGAUCAAUAGCAGGCAUAGAGAAGAAAACUGCAAGAUUAAAAGGCAGUGAGAAGGGUGUGGUUGCAAGGCAUGAAGCUGGUCAUGCAGUGGUUGGUACUGCUGUUGCAAAACUUCUUACUGGACAGCCACGUGUUGAGAAAUUAAGUAUAUUGCCAAGAACAGGAGGGGCAUUGGGGUUUACAUACAUACCUCCUACCAACGAAGACAGAUAUUUGCUCUUCAUCGAUGAGCUGCUUGGGCGUUUGGUGACCCUUCUUGGAGGUCGUGCAGCUGAAGAAGUUGUUUACUCGGGGCGUGUAUCAACAGGUGCAUUCGACGAUAUCAGGCGGGCAACUGAUAUGGCGUACAAAGCAGUAGCUGAAUAUGGUCUCAACCAGAAAAUCGGACCUGUGUCUGUUUCUACACUUUCUGGUGGUGGGAUUGACGAAUCAGGAGGCUCACCAUGGGGUGGAGAUCAGGGGAAACUAGUUGAUCUUGUUCAAAGAGAAGUGACAAAUCUGUUGCAAUCUGCUCUCGAUGUUGCACUGUCUGUUGUACGUGCGAAUCUAGAUAUAUUGGAAGGGCUUGGGGCUCAACUUGAAGAGAAAGAGAAAGUAGAAGGUGAAGAUUUGCACAAGUGGUUGAGUAUGGUGGUCGCACCUGAAGAACUCGCAGUCUUUGUCAAAGGAAAACAAGAGGCUUUGCUCCCGGCAAGAGCUAGCUCCAGUUAAUAGCUACAUCAAAUAGAACCAUAAAGACAGGUUUUCUAACACAGAUCAUGUAUCUCCAAGGUCAGAUAUAGUUAUCACCAUUUGCCUAUGCAUAGCAUACAUAUAGCACUUGAAUCAAACUAUAAAGGAAUAUCAUUGGGGUGAUAGCUUAUAAGAUUUACUGGCUCUGUGUUGUAACAUUUGGUAUUCUUGAUGGAUACAGUCUCUUAAAGAGAAUGGCCAAAUUGUAUCAUUGAUUUAGAUGUAUAAAAGCCAUAUACAUAUUAUAUAAUAUGUGCUUUGAAAA